GAAUGAAAACAAAUGCAAAAUCGAACACAACGACAAUUGGAUUCCCCCAGUAGAGAGCAAGUAACGGAAGAACCAAACACAAGAAAGUAAAACAGAGGAAACAGAGAGGGAAAAGUGAACAGCUUUUCUUUCAAAGAAAAAGAGGAAAGCAUGGUUUGGAUGGUAAAUCAACAGGUAACAAGAGGAAGAAGAACUCGAAUAUGGGGAGUUACAUUUCUUUGUUGGCUUUUCAUCAUGUUGGUUACUCCUAAAAUCCCACUUUCUUAUCGGAACCAUCUCUACGCUGACAUGCGGAAUUUCCUAGGAGUUCCUAACACGUUGAAUGUGAUCACCAAUUUCCCUUUUCUGAUUGUGGGUGUUCUGGGGUUUGUGCUUUGCCUGGGAGGAGGAAGCUUUUUUAACAUAAGAUUGAGAGGAGAGGUGUGGGGUUGGGUGCUUUUCUAUGGAGCGAUUGUAAGUGUGGCUUUUGGUUCAGCUUAUUAUCAUCUUAGGCCUGAUGACAAUAGAGUAAUGUUGGACACCUUGCCGAUGAUGAUUGCAUAUUCCUCACUUUUCUCUAGUUUUAUACUUGAAAGACUCGGAGAGAGGAUUGGAUUGAGCUGCAUGUUUUCACUGUUGGUUCUUGCAGUUCUAAGCACAAGUUAUGCAAGAACAUUUAAUGAUCUUCGGUUGUGCAUGACAUUCCAGUUAAUUCCGUGCAUAGCUAUUCCAAUCAUGACAUUUUUGUUCCCGCCUAAAUAUACGCACUCAAGAUACUGGCUUUGGAUAUCAGGGGUUUGCAUCAUAGCCAAAAUGGAAGCUCUCGCUGACAUGAAAAUAUACCGUGCAAAUAAUUAUAUUAUCAGCGGACACUCCUUGGAGCACCUGUGCUCAGCAAUUGCCCCCAUUCUGGUUACAGUUAUGCUCAUGCAGAGGAGCAGCAGAUAUCAGAGAUUAGGUGAAAUCAAAGAAUGUCCCUGAUGAAGAAUCCAAAGUGGAUGAAGGCAUUGCCAGGGCAACAUUUGGAGUGCCUGAGAAAUUUUUUAUGUUAAGAAUCAUCAAAAGUGACAAGUGAUACAAUUACCAUUUAGAAGUUGCUGCCAAUGAAGAACUUGACAAGAUUUCUUCUCCCAUGCUUUCUGCAUUGCUCUGAAUCCUCCAAGAAUGAAGGCAAGUGGAAUCUUUCAACCAUCAUACCAUUCUAAAUUUGCACAUGAUGGCUUUGUUGUGUUUUGACUGAGUUGUGAUGUUGCCUUACCAUGUCAUUUUGUGGGGGUGAAAUCAUGGCCAUAGUGUAGUGCACAUUUUGCUAUCAUUGUAUCUCCUUCUUCCCCUUACUUAUAAUGUGACAUGAAUUACACUCACCUAGUGACUGAUGAUAUUGGUAACAGCUUUUGGAGCUAUUCUAGGAACUUACUGAACAUGUUAAUGGCCUACAUGUAGCAGUUUGUCAAAUCGAUCAAAAUCUUAAUUUUCUGAUUCUAGAAACUUGAUUCAGAGAUGGUUAAUCGUCUUUUUGCAUAACAGAACCCUAUAGCACUCAUGGAUUGUAACUUUUUCCUGAAAAAGUCAUAUAUGCUCAAAUGAUCAAAGUUUUCUUUCAUAGAAAGAGAAUUUCCGCAUUUUCAUCCUUUUUCUUUUCCUAGUUUCUAUGGGGAAUGAGGUUGUUGGAUGACUGGUUAAUCAAAGCAGAUUCAAAUGAGUAAUCACUAGUAUGUUCAUGAGGGUUUGACGGUGGAUGAUAUCUGGAAUGUCAACCUCGUUGUGAAUGUCCUUAUGAUUAAUUUCAUUAAAAAUAUAUGAUCAUGGCAAUGGGAAAUCGACAUAAAAAAUUUCUUGCCACAUGCUUAACAUGAAAUGUGUUUAGGCGACAUGCAUACAUACAUACGCUCCUCAUGCAAACUGUUCUUCUUUGGACACAAGUCUUAUGUCCAUAUACCUCGGUUGCUAUACUUAUAUUUAUGCCUUAAAAUUAAAUG